AUGGAGCUCCACAAGUUCUUGCUUGUCCUCCUCUUACUUACUUCAACUAUCCUUGUUGCCUCAGGGGAUACAAGUGUGCAUGAAUCAUCGAUUGAUCAUCCUCGUCAUCAUCAUCAUCAUCGCCAUCGGCACCACCGGCAUAGCCAUCAGUACUAUGUGGAUCAACGGAACAAGAAAUACGGGUUUGAUAAGCUGUUUGUAUUCGGAGACUCGUACGCAGACACCGGGAAUAUUCAGAAAUCUCUUGGGAAUUCCUGGAAGCCACCCUAUGGUAUCACCUUUCCCGGGAAGCCCGCUGGCCGCUUCUCUGAUGGCCGUGUCCUCACUGAUUACAUUGCCAAAUACUAUGGAAUCAAGUCACCAGUGGCAUACCGAUGGAUAAAGUAUUUCCCGAAGAAAUUGCGGAGUGGGGUGAACUUUGCAUACGGCGGCACCGGCGUGUUGGACACCUUGGUUCCGGAACCCAACAUGACUACACAGAUUGAUUUCUUCCAGCAACUCCUCGACAAUAAAGUCUACAACAAAGUUGACUUGCAGUCAGCCCUAUUUCUGGUCAGCCUUGCCGGAAAUGAUUAUAGUGCUUAUAUCGCCAAAGGCGGCAUCGCAGAGGGUUUGCCAGCGUUUAUAACAAGUGUGAUCAAGCAACUGGGAGUGAAUUUGAAACGACUUCGUUCAUUGGGAGCCAGGAAGAUAGCAGUAACUGGUUUGGAGCCUUUAGGAUGUCUCCCGGUUAACACAGUCCAGACGUCAUUCCAACAAUGCAAUGCUACUGCAAACACAGCCGUGGCUUUCCACAAUGUCUUGCUGAAUGAAGCAGUUUCAAAAUUGAAUAUCGAGAUCGGGUACAAUGCUUGUACCGUUCUCGAUCUCUUCAAUUCUUUUACCACAGUACUAAUGCACAAGGGAGACAUUACAGGAAGUUUGAAGUUUGAAACACCAUUGAAACCGUGUUGCAUGGGGAUAAGCCCAACAGAUCGGUGCGGAAGCGUGGACGAAAACGGGAAGAAACUGUACGUAGUUUGCAAUGAUACGAAUUCGGCAUUCUUUUGGGAUGGGGUGCACCCAACACAAGCUGGGUGGCAUGCUGUGUCUUUAGCUUUAAAACCUGUUCUUGACCAAAUUGUGUAA